AAAGUUACUACUUUUGCUAUCCGUUACGGAUAUUCCGGAAGUGCAUCAUUAUUUAACGAUCUUAAUUAUAAUUUAAUCCUUGGCCUGAUGAGUUUACGCGACCGCGCGCCUCACUAGCUGUCAACGUUGUCAUUCGUCUUCGAUAACCUCCUUAGCCCGUCAAGUUUUCAACAAUGAACAAAAUACCAACAGACUUAACCAUGACUUGGUUCACACAUACACUUGAAGCUGGUUUAUUUCCAGAUGAGGUUUGGGUUAUCAUCUCUUGGAUCGCCUUCUUUUUUAAGCUAGCCAGCUUAGCCUUUGCUGUGCCUCUUAUCGGCCUCAUCAUCUUCGACUUCUGCCUUUGGGUAUGGCGACUGAACCGACCGCAGCCUAAGGAUGCAUCACGAUCGAGUCGCAUCUCUUCCCAAACUACAGAAAGGAAAACCAACUCAAAACCGACUGGCUCCGCAACGUCUUUUGCUACUAAGUCGGCCACGAGCCAGAGGCGGCCCAAACGCUCAGAACACACAGACGAUUGACGAAAGAACAAUAAAACCGGCUCCUCCAAUAUAGAAUGCGACAAUA